UCACGUGGAGAUGGUCUACCUCGAUUCUGUCUAAACAGAACGUGUGAGUGAGUAGCAACUACUAGCAGCCCGUCUGUAGGAGCGCCGCUGGGCUGCCAAACCGAUCCAUGUUGUUUUUGAGCCACGCGUUCCUUUAAAUUUGACCAUUUGAUCGAAGAAUGAGUGAUAACGAUGAUAUCGAAGUCGAUAGUGACGAAGACUCACCGAGAUAUCACAAUGUGGCAGACAAACGGGCACACCACAAUGCGUUGGAGCGCAAGCGUAGGGACCACAUCAAAGACAGCUUUCACAGCCUCCGGGACUCUGUGCCUGCCUUGCAGGGAGAAAAGGUUGGUAACAGUACUGGUGAGCAACCCAACAGUUCUACCAAACAGGCGUCUCGAGCUCAAAUCCUAGACAAAGCCACAGAGUACAUCCAGUACAUGAGGCGAAAAAAUCACACGCACCAGCAGGACAUUGACGACCUGAAGAGGCAAAACGCGCUGCUGGAGCAGCAAGUGCGCGCCCUGGAGAAAGUGAAGGGCUCGGCGCAGCUCCAGGCCAACUACUCGUCAUCCGACAGCAGCCUCUACACCAACCCAAAAGGCAGCGCCGUGUCCGCGUUCGACGGCGGCUCCGACUCCAGCUCCGAGUCGGAACCCGAGGAGCCUCCCAACCGCAAGAAGCUGCGCGUCGAGGCCAGCUAGAACGCGCUCCAAAAAAAAAAGCAGGUGAAAGGGCCGGAGUUACCGCCUCGCGGGAAAAGCGAGCCAGAGGAAGCCUUUAAACGGGGCUCUUUGACCUUUCCACCUGACACCCACUGUUCUUGCGCCCCUCCAACCGGGUGGGCUGGCACUGGAGACUCAUGACCCCCUUCCAAACUCCUCACCACCGCCACCACAAUCACCUCCUCGAACAAGGAGGGGGGAGGCCAGCAAAAUGGGAGCCUUUCAACAACUCUCUACCCCCUCCCUUAAUAUUUUCUUCUCGCAACAAUCCAAAACCCCAAAAUGAGGCAGCUUGGUUACUUCAGAACUUUUUCAUGUUCCCCCGCCCUGCGUUUGUGUGCAUAGCAGGUUUACUCCUAAGCACCGUUAGAUGACUUGUGCAGUGGACCUGGCUAUUGGCUGCAAAUGGUAUCGUUAGGGACCUCACCCGACUACGAAUAGUUGACACUACCUAGUUGAUUGUAAUUCCUACAUUAAUUGUCCACCUUAAAUAUUAGCAUCAGGCGUUCAAUUGAAAAUGUCAACUCUCCGAUUUGCAAAUUUGUAGGGGGUCCUCUGUAUUUUGUUGACCCUAAAGAAUUGUUCCAAACAAGUUGAAGUACCACAAACAUAUGGUACAUUUGUAGCUUUUUUUUUUUUUUUUUUUUCUUCCACAUAAGAAUGUGACGACCCUCCAAGGAAAAAUGUUUAGUGACACCCACCUCAGGCCCACUGGAUUGCAGAUGUUUUCUGCUGCAACACAUUUGUUUAUGAGAAAGAAAGAAAAAAAAAAGUUCCUAUUGUUGAAAUUGAUGUUUUGAAAGAUUUUGAAUAUUCCUAAACUUGUAUUGUAUUUUGUCCUUUAGCUUGAAGUAGGGAAUGACUUUAGGUGGCUGAACACAUUAGGCAGCUUGUUUGAUAGACAAAAAAAAAAAAGACAAUAAUUGGAUGUUUUCAAGAUCAAAUGUACGUUAUGCAUUUUGUAGUCAUCUCA